AUGCCAAGUAGGAAGUUUGCCGACGGCGAGGUGGUCCGAGGCCGGUGGCCAGGGAGCUCACUCUAUUACGAAGUGGAAAUUCUGAGCCAUGACGGCAAGUCCCAGCUGUACACGGUCAAGUACAAGGACGGGACGGAGCUGGAGCUGAAGGAGAGUGACAUCAAGGAACAGUUCCCUUUGUCACAAGAAAGUAGUUAUACAUAUACACAGUACAGCCUUCGUCCAAGAAGAGAAGAGAGCAAAUUAAAAAAAAUAGACUUAGAGGAAGAAGAAAUUGUUACAAAAGGACCUACGUCGUUGAGAACCUUUGAAAUGACAGCCCCGCAGACGAAGGACUUGGAGUUUGGCGGAGUCCCGGGUGUGCUUCUUAUCAUGCUGGGCCUGCCCGCCUUCCUCUUCCUGUUGCUGUUGAUGUGCAGGCAGCGAGAGCCCGGCCUCCUGAACUUCCCGCCUCCGCUGCCAGCUUUGUCUGAGCUGUGGGAAGCCAGAGCGUUCGGGGCCUACCUCCUCUGGUUCGCCGUCCAGGCGCUGUUCUACUUGCUGCCCAUCGGGAAGGUGGUAGAAGGCACGCCGCUGGCUGAUGGGAGGAGACUCCAGUAUAGACUAAACGGGUUCUACGCCUUCAUCCUGACCUCGGCAGCCGUGGGAGCCGCUCUCUUGUGGGGCGUGGACCUCUGCUACGUGUACCACCACUUCCUGCAGUUGGCCCUGGCGGCCCUGCUGUUCGCCACCGGCCUGAGCGGCUACCUCUACGCGCGGGCCCUGCGGGCGCCCCGGGGGGCCCUGUCUCCGGCCAGCUCUGGAAACGCCAUCUACGAUUUCUUCAUCGGCCGCGAGCUGAACCCUCGGAUCGGGACUUUCGAUCUCAAAUACUUCUGUGAGCUGCGCCCCGGGCUGAUGGGCUGGGUGGUGAUCAACCUGGCGAUGCUUCUGGCCGAGAUGAAGCUACAGCACCGCGCUGCCCCCUCCCUGGCGAUGGUUUUGGUGAACAGCUUCCAGCUCUUGUACGUGGUGGACGCGCUCUGGAACGAGGAGGCGGUGCUGACCACCAUGGACAUCAUCCACGACGGCUUUGGCUUCAUGCUGGCCUUCGGGGACCUGGUGUGGGUGCCCUUCGUGUACAGCCUGCAGGCCUUCUACCUGGUCCGCCACCCCAGCGAGCUGUCCUGGCCGCUGGCCGCGCUCAUCGUCGCCCUGAAACUUUGUGGGUAUGUAAUCUUCCGAUGUGCAAAUGCUCAGAAAAAUGCAUUCCGGAAAAACCCUGCUGAUCCGAAGCUUGCACAUUUAAAAACCAUUCACACGUCCACGGGCAAGAACCUUCUCGUUUCCGGAUGGUGGGGCUUCGUUCGCCACCCCAACUACUUGGGCGACCUCAUCAUGGCCCUGGCCUGGUCCCUGCCGUGUGGUUUCCAGCACGCCCUGCCCUAUUUCUACGUGGUCUACUUCGCCGUGCUGCUGGUGCACCGGGAGGCGCGGGACGAGCGCCAGUGCCGGCGGAAGUACGGCGUGGCCUGGGACAAGUACUGCCAGCGCGUGCCCUACCGCCUCCUCCCCUACGUGUACUAG